AUGUCCACCGACGAGACGCGGCUGACCGCCCCGCAGCUCCGUGCGCUGUUUGACAUCUUGACUCAUCACGAGACCUACGCUGAAGUCGAGAGCUUCAAGGGCCCGGAAGGAAUCGAGAACUAUGGCUAUCCCUUUGCCGAAGACCAGGAGAAGGCACCGGAUGCAGUCGGUGCCAAGUCCUCAUCGCCUCUGCUGCAGCUUUUGCUGACCAGGCUGGUCUUGCCCAUGCCCGGCAUUAACGACCUGCCUCCUGACUUCUGGAACGUCAAGUUCAAGAGCGUCAUGAAGAGUUUCGCCGGUGUCAAUCUGUCUGAGAGCUAUGAUAAGGGCGCCCUCGGCACGAGGAAGACGCUUGCCACCGCUGCGUCGGCGUUCCACGAGUCGAUAACCCGGGGCAUGCUUGGAGGCGUUCCCAGGAUCGAAUCACCGCCGCGGGAGCACAGGGCGGACCCGCCCACAGCAAAGGACCUCGAGCAGUCUUGGGAUCACCUAGUCCACGAGGCCGUCUAUGGCGACCUUGUCGAUGAACUUUUCGACUACGCGGUUAAGUCACCGGCCUUUGAGGAUCAUUCGCCCGCGGUGCGGGAUUCCAUCGACUACGCCAUCAUCCACGCCGCAACCAUACUCCACCGCAUAUAUGUCAUGUCACCAGAGGGGCAAUAUUUGCUCAAACUCAUCGAGAGUACUCACAAACUCAUACCGUACACUCUAGUUUGCCAGACUUUGCGAGUAGGCAACGCCGCCACCAUGAUUUCAGCCAUGGUCCUUGAUUGGGAUGCUGGCGACUUCAAAAAGUCAGUCGACAAUAUCAAGAAUAAAGCGGAGGGGGUCAAGUCUGGGCAACUGCCAGUGAUAGAUGCCCACCUAGAAGCGUCCCAGGAGCAACACAGGGAUGUUCGCACUAGAAGCAUCAAGGAGCAGGUCUCCAUCGUAGCGGCCAUUCUCGACUCAAAUGGCACCAACGUCACAAAAGACAUGCCGGAGCAGCAGCAUGCUCUCUGCAUGCAGUACUACUCGGCUCAGCUGUCGGUCCAAGACCGCGAAAGGAUCAUCGAGGUUAUGUGUCGCCAAAGCCCCGAUUAUAUCACAGCUCUUGUUCGGGAUGCCGUGGCUGCUUUUGACCCUAUUAUUAGGAUUCUUCAUGACCAUGUGGAUCUACGAAAAUAUGUUGUCCACGUUCAGAAGUUCAUAGAUGACCUUUUGGAAGUAAAUAGGCCGAAAAAGGGACAAGGCGAGCAGCCUGUCCCUCCAUCUAUUGAGGACUAUGUGCACUUGCUUCAGCACCACCGCAAAUGGGCCUUCGAGUAUCUGCAUGACUUCGCGAAGGGCUGCCCCGAGGUCAGAGACAGGUUCCGCUCUUGGAUCAAGAACGAUGUCAUGGAAGCAUUUAAGCAAGAUAAUAAGGCUGGUGGGGUUGACGAUCCAACGGCUUUCGAAGGUGCAGGCGCAAUGAGCCAGUCGUUGCAGUCGAUGUUCUCGCAGCUCGACGAAGACACACGAAAACCUGUAUUGGAAGCACUGGACAACUACGACACCUAUACAAAUACCCUCAACAAGACAUCCGAUGGUCAUUUGCAAGGGAUUGUCAAUGGACUGAACAAGGGCAAGGAAUCCUCAGAGGGUGGAAGCAUGAUCGGACCUGGACUAUACCAUGCAAGAUGGCAAUCAUUACUAGACAACACCCUGAUCACACCUAAGACAGUCUCGGGUUCUCUGAGACACGGAAACGAUGUCAAGGAUGUCAAGUCGCGUGGAAAGACGGGUGUAAUCCCCACCAAGGAUACUUGGGACGUGACUUCAGUCAACGAGGAGAAGAGCAGGUCAACACCACAACAGCCUAAAGUGGAUGUUGUCGUCGAGGCUUUCAGUGCAAAGUUCAAGGAGACGGUGGCGGAUAUCAGUAGCAGAAAUAGAACCUGA